CCCGCCCCGCGCCCCCUCCCGCCGCCACCCUCAUUGUCUCUGCUCUCUUCGCCGACCCAGGGCAUGCUAGGUGCUCCUGCGCCCGGCUGGGCGGCGGCAAGCGACACUAUCCGCCGGAGGAGACAUGGGGCGCGGUCCGUGGGUCGCCCUGGCCCUGGGGCUGCUGCACCUCUGCCUGGCCCAAGCCAACUUUGCCCCCAACUUCUUCGACAACGGGAUCGGUAGCACCAAUGGAAACAUGGCUUUGUUCAGCCUCCCAGAGGACACCCCUGUGGGCUCUCAUGUCUACACCCUGAAUGGGACAGACCCCGAGGGAGACCCUGUCACCUAUCACAUCAGUUUUGACCCGAGCAUGAGAAGCGUCUUUUCUGUUGAUCCUAAUUUUGGAAACAUCACUCUGGUUGAAGAGCUGGAUAGAGAGAGGGAGGACGAGAUUGAAGCUAUCAUCAGCAUUUCUGACGGCCUGAAUCUGGUGGCAGAAAAGGUCGUGAUCCUGGUGACUGAUGCCAAUGACGAGGCACCCAGGUUCAUCGAGGAGCCUUAUGUUGUCCUGGUUCCUGAGGACACACCUGCUGGGAGCAGCAUCUUUAAGGUCCAUGCUGUGGACAAGGACACAGGAUCUGGAGGGAGUGUCACCUACUUCCUGCAGAACCUGCACUCCACCAAAUUUGCCAUGGACCGCCACAGUGGGGUGCUGCGCCUCCAAGCUGGAGCUACUCUGGACUAUGAGAUGUCCCGGACCCAUUAUGUCACUGUGGUCGCCAAGGAUGGUGGGGGAAGGCUUCGAGGGGCUGACGUGGUGUUCUCAGCCACCGCCACCAUCACAGUCAACGUGGAGGAUGUGCAGGACACAGCGCCUGUCUUCGUGGGCACACCCUACUAUGGCUACGUGUACGAGGACACUCUUCCGGGCUCGGAGAUACUGAAGGUGGUCGCUAUGGAUGGAGAUCGCGGCAAACCCAACCAUGUUCUCUACAGCCUUGUGAAUGGGAGUGAAGGAGCCUUUGAAAUUAAUGAGACAUCUGGAGCCAUCUCUGUCCUGCAGAGCCCUGCCCAGCUCCAGAGAGAGGUGUAUGAGCUGCAUAUACAGGUGACUGAGAUCAGCUCUGUGGGGACCCCAGCUGCCCAGGCCAUGGUCCCCGUCACCAUCAGGAUUGUGGACCUCAACAACCAUCCUCCGACAUUCUACGGAGAGAGCGGACCCCAGAACAGGUUUGAGCUGUCCAUGAAUGAACAUCCGCCCCAGGGGGAGAUUCUACGGGGCCUCAAGAUCACUGUCAAUGACUCUGACCAGGGAGCCAAUGCCAAAUUCAACUUGCGGCUGGUGGGACCUGGAGGCAUCUUCCGAGUGGUGCCACAGACAGUCCUGAAUGAAGCUCAAGUCACGAUCAUUGUGGAGAACUCCGCUGCCAUUGACUUUGAAAAGUCCAAAGUGUUAACCUUCAAGGUCCUGGCCAUUGAGGUGAACACCCCAGAGAAGUUCAGUUCCACUGCAGAUGUUGUGAUCCAGCUCCUGGACACCAAUGACAAUGUCCCCAAGUUCACCUCCCACUACUUCAUUGCCAGGAUACCCGAGAACGCCCCAGGGGGCUCCAACGUUGUGGCUGUCACGGCCGUGGAUCCAGACACAGGACCCUGGGGCGAAGUCAAAUACUCCAUCUAUGGGACCGGGGCAGAGCUCUUCCUGAUCCACCCAGACACUGGGCUUAUCUACACCCAGCCUUGGGCCAGCCUGGAUGCUGAGGCCACUGCUAGGUAUAAUUUCUAUGUGAAGGCAGAGGACAUGGAAGGCAAGUACAGUCUUGCGGAGGUGUUCAUCACUCUCCUGGAUGUCAAUGACCAUUAUCCCCAGUUUACAAAGAACUUCCAGAGGAAGACGAUGGUGCUGGGGACUCCUGUAAAAAUUGAGGCCACAGACGAGGAUGCGGAAGAACCCAACAACCUUGUGGACUACUCCAUCACCCAUGCAGAGCCAGUCAACGUGUUUGACAUCAACGCACACACAGGGGAGAUCUGGCUCAAGAACUCAAUCCGCUCCCUGGAUGCCCUGCACAACAUUACGCCCGGCGGGGACUGCACGUGGUCCCUAGAGGUGCAGGCCAAGGACCGCGGCUCCCCCUCCUUCAGCACCACAGCCUUACUCAAGAUUGACAUCACAGACACUGAGACGCUAUCUCGAAGCCCCAUGGCCGCUUUCCUGGUACAGACCAAGGACAACCCCAUGAAGGCUGUGGGUGUGCUGGCCGGCAUCAUGGCCACCGUCGUGGCCAUCACUGUCAUCAUCUCAACUGCCACCUUCUGGCGCAACAAGAAGUCCAACAGGGUGCUGCCAGUACGACGUGUGUUCCGCAGGCGGUCCAACCCUGCACCCCGUGCCGUCCGUGUAGAGUGGCUCAAGUCCAGGAGUGCCAAGGCUGCCACCAAGUUCAUUCUCAAAGAUCCUCCCAAUGAGAACUUCAACAACAAUAGCCCAGAAAGCUCCCUGCCCCCCAGUGCCCCAGCCCUGCCUCCACCACCCAGCAUGGCCCCCCGCACAGGAGCGGCCCACUGGACUGUGCCCACAGUCUCUGGGUCACUCACUCCCCAGCAAUCCCAAGUGCCACCGAGACCCAAAACCACGGGAAGCCCUACCCAGUCAACUCUUGUCUCUGAGCUCAAGCAGAAGUUUGAGAAGAGUAUGCACAAUAAGGCUUACUUCUAGAGUGUAUCCUGGGGCCCCUCCUGUCCCCCUCACCCUGACCCCUGCCACCCCACUGCUUGGACCAUGCUCCCUACCCUCUGCUCUUUCAGGUCACCCUUGUCUUGUAUGGUGUAACUCCCAUACUCA